AUGGAAAUACCAUUUAUUGUCCACUUUAUUAUUGGACUAUCUCUUCGUUUAAUAUUAUUAAAUUUUUUACCAACUUACCUUUUACCAAGUAGAGUUGAAUUAAAUACAUCACCAUUUGCUUUGUUAGAUCAACCAAAUGAAACAUUAUUAACUGAGGUAUUUUCUUAUAUACCACAGGAAUAUCUUUCUUACGUCGUAAUUAUAUUAUCUGUGUUACCUUCCCUUCCAUUAGUUACAAUAUCAAAGACAUCGGCAUGUGUUUUGUUGUAUAACCCAUUUGGUAUCUUAGCAUCCUUAUCAAUAUCCAGUUAUUCAUUAAUAACACUAUUAGAAUCGUUGAUUCUUCUUAUUCCUAAACAUAAACACUUGUUUUCUCCAUUCCUUCCAAUAACAAUCUUUUUAUACCCAGCGACAUUACCCUUAUUACUUCCAUUAUUACCUUCUCUUUCACCAACAGUACUUCUUACUUGUCCAAUAUUUUAUUAUUUCCGCUUUUGUAAAGAAUUAUUUGUGAGUGAUUUAACACCAAACUUAGGUUUAUAUUGGAAUUUAUUUACAAAUAUGUUCCCUGAAUAUAAUUUGAUGUAUACAGUUAUAUUACCCUUAAUACCAUUAAUUAUUUCUUUCUUUAUAUUCACUAGAAUGAUUACUCAUCAAUUUUAUUAUUUCUUCUGUGUAAUGUUAUUGAUUGCUGUAUGUAAUCCUUAUCUUUCUGUUCAAGAUCUUCUUCUUCCAAUGGCUUUGUAUAAUAUCCCAUGGUCUCAUCUUUGUGUUUAUUUCUGGAAAGCAAAAGUAUUAACUUUCAUUGUUCCUAUCCUUAUUAUCAUGUUUUCUAUGUUUAAUGAUGCUUUAAAAUAUUCAUUCUUCAACAGCAACAUGGCUUAUUCUAUGAAUUUAGCAUUAGGAUUUUCCUUAUUCUCUUUUAGUGAAGAAAUCAUUAAUGGGUGUCUUCACAAUGAUUUCCUUGUUAAGCACAAAGUAUUAGAAGAUCGUCAUAUUGAUAAAAUAUUCUAG